AAGCGAGAGGCGCUUGGGAGGUCGGCGCGCUCUGCCCUCCACUCCCGCCCUGGGGCUGCGAUUGGCCGGCGAGGGAGAGGCGGCGAGAAAGCGCUCCUUCUUCCAAGCGGAAAGGGGGCGGGCUCGCCUUGGAAGCGGCGAGAGCUUUCUGCGUUUGGCACGGUAGCGAGAGCAGUGCGUAAGGGGACGCGAUUCUGGCGCAGCGCGCCUUUGAAGAAAGUGCCAUGGGGGAGAAGGCGGCGUCCCUCCGGAGCGCGUGCCGCGAAGGUCAGUCGUUGUCGCGCGGGGUACCCCUCCCCCCGAAAUCGCAUCCCACCCCACAUCCCCUUGUUGAUGCCUGAUUUCCACAUCGAGAGGGGGAGGGGGAGGGAAUAAACACCUGAGGAUAUUCUGCUCCAGCCAGGGGAAGUUCUUUUGGUUUGUUGUUGUUGUUUAGUCGUGUCCAACUCUUCGUGACCCCAUGGACCAGAGCACGCCAGGCACUCCUGUCUUCCACUGCCUCCCGCAGUUUGGUCAAACUCAUGUUGGUAGCUUUGAGAACACUGUCCAACCAUCUCGUCCUCUGUCGUCCCCUUCUCCUUGUGCCCUCCAUCUUUCCCAACAUCAGGGUCUUUUCCAGGGAGUCUUCUCUUCUCAUGAGGUGGCCAAAGUAUUGGAACCUCAGCUUCAGGAUCUGUCCUUCCAGUGAGCACUCAGGGCUGAUUUCCUGAAGAAUGGAUACGUUUGAUCUUCUUGCAGUCCAUGGGACUCUCAAGAGUCUCCUCCAGCACCAUAAUUCAAAAGCAUCAAUUCUUCGGCGAUCAGCCUUCUUUAUGAUCCAGCUCUCACUUCCAUACAUCAGUACUGGGAAAACCAUGGCUUUAACUAUACAGACCUUUGUUGGCAAGGUGAUGUCUCUGCUUUUUGGAAGCCCUAAUUCUGCGAGUUGCUUGAGGUUUUGGAGGCAGCAUGGUCUCUGCCAGGAGUGCCAACUUGGCCCCGAGAUCGUGGGGGCCUGAGGCCGUGGGGGCCAUGCGCCAAAAUUUGUGGUUGCCUGACACCUUCAUGGGAAAUUUUUGGGUGCUCAGGGCCCCAGGGAGUUGGCACCCAUGAUAUCUGCACCUGCUCCUCCAAGGCAUUGGCUUUCUCAAAAUCCCCCUUCUUUCUGCCUGCCCAGAGCGGCCAACAUUUCUUUGCAGAGCUCAACUGCCUUGUUCUAGGUGCAUUUUGCAACCAGGAAUUUCAUUAGCGCCAGCAGUUUCUGAGCUCUGGGCUCAGUUUUGCGCCUAAGAUACCGUAUCAGAUUAAAACAGCAGAGUGGAAGGAAAGGAGGCCCUUUUUCUGCCUCCCCACUUCCAGCUACUCUCUGAAGACUGGAGAAGAGACCCUCUUAAGAAUAUUAGGGGGGGUUGGCAGGGGAAGGAUUAGAACAUGUGAAAAAUGAACAUAAGAUUUUAGCUGCAGUUCAUUCAUUUUCAGCCUUGUAUUCAUGUUAUUUUAAAAAAUGUGCCUAGACAUUCCAUUGUGGCGCCCAUGAGCUAGGUUUAAGGUGCCAUUUAUCUCCUAGCUUUCAUAUCUCAGUUUCUAACACUGCUCAGCUGGGAGCAGAAAUGCAACAGGUUAAACGUCCCUCUGAUAUGUGGUGCAGUGGUGGGAAAGCUGUCCCUGUUGAUUGGGUGUCUCCAUAAAAAGGGUCGAGGGCAGCAUUAUAGAUUAUUUGUUGUAUUUGCACAGUACACCACUCUUUAUAAUUUUUGUGGGGGGAAAUCAAAGAGCAGCUUGCAAGUAAUAAUAUGAAAUGCAUGAGCCCAACCACUAAUAAAGCAAUACCCUUAAAAUUUGAAGAAAGCACCUCUGUUUCAACUGCAGUGAAAUAAUGCAUGCCAAAGAUUGUAUGGCUAGCCAUAUUUCAGCUGUAUUAUAUUGUUUUGUGCCACUCCAGUCUCUGAGCAGUGUGAGAUUUCAGGGUUUCUGGCCACAUACCCAGGUAGAGGCAAAUUUAGGGGAGUGCGACCAGUUCGGCUGCACAGCUAUUAUUUAGAAUGAAGCGUGAGAGGCAGUGGGGUUGCGCCAUUGAAAUUGGAGACCCCAAGGUCCUCCACUGACUCAGGGUUCGUGUUUCCUUAUGAAUGAGGCAGCAGAGACUGCAGUGUCUUUAUGAUAGAUGGUUUAUUUACACUUAUGGUAGAAAGGCCCUGCAAGAGUAAGUCUUGAAUAAAAAUGUAGUUCCAUGAGUGUGGAACCAUAGUAAAAAGGAUGAAAUAGGAUAAUGAGAGGACAGAAGUGGUUUUACUCAAUACACUGUACAGUCAAGCCUCAGUUUUCGAACGUCUCGGCUGCCGAACCAGGGCUGGAUUUAGGUUUGAUGAGGCCUUAAGCUACUGAAGGUAAUGGGGCCCUUUAUAUGUCCAGCUGUCCUUUGUCAACAACAAAUUGCCGCUGUUUUUUGUGUUGAAUAUAUGCUAUAUGGUAAUUUAUGGACCUAAUAGGUAUCUAAAGCCAUUUGCACAUAACAAAAUAUAUAUUUUAUCGAAGUAAUUGUUGAACUGAAAUACAUUCCAUGCAGAAUGCAGGCACCCUAUAUAUAGAAAUGAGCAAACCAGUGAUACUUUAGGGAGCAGGCUAGCAGGCGGGGCCCAUUACUUACAUCAUGGGAGCCUACACAACACAAAACACUGUUGCUGUAUGUGGGUUUUAUUUUAUUUGUUUUUUAUCUUAUAUUUUGGAAAUGUACAUCCAGGUUUUUUUCCUUUAAAUUUUUUUGGUUCCCCCAAGAGAGUGGGACUCUAAGCUAUAGCUUGUUUAGCUUAUACGUAAAUCCGGCACUGUGCCAAACUUUUCAGAAGCCGAACACCAAAAACCCGGAAGUGAAUGCUUCUGUUUUCGAACAUGCCUCAGAAGUUGAACAGACUUCCGAAACAUAUUACGUUCGAAAACAAAGGUUCCUCUGUACAGUGGUACCUCGGGAUGCGAACGGGAUCCAUUCCGGAGCCCCGUUCGCAUCCUGAAUAGAACAUAAGACGCGACACUGCGUCUGCGCGUGCAUGGGUUGCGUUUUGCCGCUUCCGCGCAUGCACGUGGCAUAAUUUUGAGCGUCUGCGCAUGCGCAAGCGGCGAAACCCGGAAGUAACACACGCCCCAGAGUGUAACCCGAAAGUGCUCAACCUGAAGCACAUUCAAUCCGAGGUAUGACUGUACAGGAAACUGCAUAGGGUGAUGUUUGUCACAGGGUGGGGAAAUGGUAUAAUAUGAUGUAAUUUAUUAACAGGUGGAAAGAUACUGCCCUUUGAUAUUUAUAUCAGCAAUAUAAUGUAGUUCACGUGUUAACUUUCAGAAUUGCUUGAUUACCUAGUGAAAGGUUUGCCACUUAUUAAUUUACCUUUUAUUCUUACCUCGUCAGGGAGGCAUCCAUUGAAAGCAUGAUAUCAGGUCACAUGACGCGUGUUGUCAAUUGAACUGAACACGUGAACAUCUCUAUAAAGCACUGGCAGAACCAGUUUGGAGCUAAUGGCUUCUUCCACUGUGGGGCACAGCACUCAAGUGAUGUGAAAACGAUGUGUGAUUUCUGAUCUGAGACUUUUAAGCAGAGGUUGGAUAGUCAUGGGUCAUGGAUGUCUUAGUUGAGAUUUCUGCAUUGCAGGGGGUUGGACUCUGACCCUCGGGGUCCUUUCCAACUCUACAAUUCUGUGAUUCUAUAACUGCAGUUGUUCUACAAAAAAGCUCAUGUGACUAGGUUAUAAGCCCUCAAUUUAAAGCUGCACAGAACGUAUAUUUGAAGCGGUGCUGCUUUGUUGAUUGUAGCAAAUGAGAGCAGUGUGUUUCGUAGGAAGUGAGUUGGCAAAUGUCUGGCACCGAAAGCAAGAUAAGUCUCAUUGAAAUGAAAAUCUGAUCUGACUCAAUCUGACUGGGCACACACGCACAGUUAUUUUCUGUUGAAACUGAGAGUAGUCAUCAAAGCAAUUUAAGCAAUUCUGUCGGUGAAACUGCAGCAUUCUGAAAUAUGUAAACACUGCGAGUCAUUGUCCGGGUGUUUGCUUCCUACUCCUCCCUUCAUCUCCCUCCUCUUGUAUACAUAUCAAAAGUUAGCUAUCAAUCAUGUAGUUUGGUUGAUAAUUAUCUCCGUUUCCCUUUCUUCGUUUUGCAAAAGUGCUUCGCAGGUGCCCAUUAACCUCUGAGGUUCUAGGUGGCAGGUAGUUCAACUUGCAGGCUGCUUUGAAUGGAACUUGACGGGCUGCAAUUUUGUCUCUCGGUUUUUGGCGGGAAUGUGAGAUGGAGGUGCUCAUGAGGAAAAUCUUUAUCUGCCCUUCUAGUUUUGAGAGGAUAAUUGCACAUUACAGUACUUUAUUUGAAGUAUUUAUUUCCAUUAAGAAGGGAAGGAGUACAUCUACCCUUGCUAACUUUGUCUGCUAUUUACCCUUUCUGAGGAAAAUCUGAUGUUAAAGCUAACAUGCUGCCAGUGAUAUCUGAGCGGGCCAUGUAUAAUAUUAAGCCAUCUUUUGAAAACACCAAAACACUUCUGUUGUUUUACCGGGUAUCAUUUUCUUUUUUUACUCAACAAUUGAAGUCUGCUAUUGUGAUGAGUGAAAUUUGGAUUUUAUAUCAAUUUUUAGUGUAGUGGAAGAAAAUGGUUUUUUUAUGCUGUCCUUGGUUUCUGUCACACAUGUACACAGUAAGUUAGACUUACGUUGAAUUCCUAGCUGAAAUAUCUUCUCAAAUAAAAACCUUGUCAUACCACUUCCAGAAGAUGAAUUCAAUGUGCUUUCUGACUUCAAUGGCAUUUUAAUAUUAAAACUUCUGUAUUCUUCACAAGACAAGAUAUUCAAGGAUUCAAAUCUAUAGCAAUAAUAUAAAAGCUUAACUUAUUUAAUUACAGUAUUUGUGAGAAAAGAGAAGUAACCAAAGACAUUUAAACAAAAACAACACAAAAAAUUAAGCUGCUACCCAGCUGAUCUCACUUAAUACUUUCCGUUUAUAUAUUCAUUUCAGAAGACUAUUGAGAGACAACUGGUCUAAUAGGAUUUUGCUACUGCCCCCAGCAACAACCAAUAUUCCUCUCUCUGUCUCUCUCUGUGUGUGUUACUCCAGACUACAGUUCCUUUUUUAAAGAUGCAAUCUUUUGCCCUGCAGAUACAAAUAAAUGUGUAUUUGACUUCUGAAUGGUAAAUAACUUUACCUCAGAAAUGAUGAAUAAAUAGCACUUUAUACCUUGGGCAUUGAGGGGACCUGUGCAUGUGAUGAAGCAAUCUUGCUUCAGAAAUGAGAUAUAUUCAAAGGAAUACCAUGUGGAGAAAGAUUGCUGAGGAGGCUUCUUGUGGCGACAUUAGUAUGUGUUUAGUAUUUGAGUGCCUUUGUCCAUCGGUGCUCCUUGACUCAUGCGGUUCACCUCCCAGCAGCUGAGAGAAGGAAGAAACUGGAUUCUGGACUCCUCUUUAAAGAGGAGCAAUAACUUCAUUAUUUAACUGUUUGGGACAACUAUAAAGGUAGAGCCUGCUUCUCUGCUUUUAAGGGGACCUCUCUCUCCACAACCAAGAAUGUGCACUGUAAGUUGUGGUGGUAUUUCCCCCCCGCCCCCCGCUCUUCGUUGUGCCAAGAAUUGCAUUGUUAGCUUUAAAAAAAUCUUUUCUUUUUUUUUAAUUGCAUUGCUAGACGUAGGUAGCAUUUGAAAAAUUGGAACGAGCAGCACUGUGGUCUGCAAUCUCCUCUAGCUGUUAAAUCGCCACCCGGACAUCGUGCUGUUGCCCAUCUGUAAGCAAAACCAUUUGCUUAAAAAAAAAGAGGGAAUCUGCUUUACGCUCAAGUCCUUGCUGAAAUGACGGGACCAUAUGUCUCCCGCUGCCUCCCAUUCCCCACCCCACCCCCGGUACUUGGAUGGCAGGGGAUCAUGAUGAAAACUUCAUGAAUGAAUGACUUUCUUCCGGGGAAUGUAUAUUCAUGAAGGGCCCACCCACCCGGUGCCAAUUAACUUUCCCCCUCCAGACUAAGUAAAUCCCAUAUUGUUGUCGUUUAGUCAUGUCCGACUCUUCGUGACCCCAUGGACCAGAGCACGCCAGGCACUCCUGUCUUCCACUGCCUCCCGCAGUUUGGCCAAACUCAUGUUGGUAGCUUUGAGAACACUGUUCAACCAUCUCGUCCUCUGCCGUCCCCUUCUCUUUGUGCCCUCAAUCUUUCCCAACAGUAGGGUCUUUUCCAGGCAGUCUUCUCUUCUCAUGAGGUAGCCAAAUUAUUGGAGCCUCAGCUUCAGGAUUUGUCCUUCCAGUGAGCACUCAGAGCUGAUUUCCUUCAGUAUUUAUAGGUUUGAUCUUCUUGCAGUCCAUGGGACUCUCAAGAGUCUCCUCCAGCACCAUAGUUCAAAAGCAUCAAUUCUGUGAUCAGCCUUCUUUAUGGUCUAGCUCUCACUUCCAUACAUCACUACUGGGAAAACCAUAGCUUUAACUAUAUGGACCCAUAUUAGUUUGCAUGAAAUUCAACUAAUGCGAGAUUUGGCAACGGAACCGGUGUCUGAUGCAGUGCUCUUCUGAAAGUAACAUAGGACUCUGCUGAUUAUUUAGCUCCCUGUUUAGUCUUACGUAUCUCUUGGGGUGCCUGCCUCUCUGGGACAGCUCUCUAAAAAGUCUCCCCAUGCUAUUCAGACACAAAUUCUGCCUUCAGCUAUUUUCCUCCGCACGCCUCCCCCUCCCAGCUGCCUGUCAACAUCACUCUGCUGCAUGCUAGAGACCCUGGGAACCGGCUGCCAGUCAGAAUACUUAACACAGGGUGAGAGGGAUGAGUGGUCCAAAUCAGUUUGAGGCCCUGUUUUACAUUCCUGUGCAUUCUAAAGAAGACUCUUAGAAGUAAAAUAUUCUCUUUCGGUGAGGAGAGAUCUGUUAGGAAAAUAUGUUCAUAUUGAUUAUUUUAUUUAUUAAUGUAUUUUAUCUACCAUCCAUAAUAUUUAUCCCAGGGCUGUUUAUAUAUCUCCCCAGUGUUAAUUCCAGGGAUGGUAUUACUGGGUCAGGUUUUUGUUUUUUGUGGGAAACUACAUGCAUACUGUUGUUUCCGUUUAUAGAAAUAUAUAGGUUGGCAAUUGUCCAUACGAUGCUAUCUAUAUCAGUGCAUCACUGUGGUAUUCUAGAAGCUGCUCCUGAAAGCUAGGAACCUCUCAUCAAUCUUCUCCCCUCAUCUUCAAACUUAGAACUGUUUUACUUUGUUGUCGAGCCAAAUUCAAAAUUGGGAAAACUUUCCUUGCUUUGUUCCUUUGCUCCAAGACAAGUGAGAUAUAAAGACAAAUUCCAGAGGCUUGACGUAGUUACGGCCUUCUUAUGCAUUGUUAAGUAUCACAUUAUUCUUCGCUUUCAUUUUUAAUGGAUGUUUUCAGUGAUUAUUAAUUGCUUCCUGCCUUGGAAGCGGCAGUAUUAGAAGAUGGGCUUCUCAAUGUAGUAAUAAGCUCUAUGAAAACCUGGAGCGGGGGCAAGAGUUUUCAUUUGUUACAGAUGUGCAUGGUUGCUUUUAGUCUUUUGUGUGUGCGGAUUUGAUGUGCUUCAGUCAUAUAUAUAAUUUUCUUCUUUUCCCAGGUGACGUGUUUCCUCUGGUCUGCCCCAACUCUCAUCUGCCUGGUGUCAAAUCCUCAAUGUAUCAAAGCUAGAAGCUUCUUUCUUUGCCUAUUCCGGCAGAUAUUCCAAUGAAACCGAGCUGAGUGUUUCGGUGCCCACAGGAAGCAAAUACAGCUUGUAUGUAGGUGUCGCCUUGGCUAUAGGCUCAAGUAUCUUUGUUGGUUCCAGCUUUAUAUUGAAAAAGAAGGGCCUUUUACAGUUGGCUGAAAAGGGGUUCACUAGAGCAGGUAAGAAAUACUUAUUCUUUUAUACAGAGCUUUUUUUAAAAGCUGGAAUUCGCCAGACCUCAGUUCUAGCACCUCUCAGGUGGGUGCCAUUGCCGUUAUCAGAACAAGGGAGGUGUUUGUAGUGAGUUCUCGCACCUCUUUUUCCAGAAAAAAAAAUAGCACUGCGCUUUAUAACAUUCAAAUUUGUAACCAGCCUCUACUUAAAUGUUCAAAAGCUCAAGUCCAAAAGCACGGCUUGUAUUUCUGAAAUGUGUAUUUGAAACUGUCAUAAUAUAAUUAUAAUUAUAAUUAUAUAAUUAUAAUUAUAAUUAUAAUAAUUUAAUAUUUAUACCCUGCCAUCUGGGCGGCUUCCAACAAAAGAUUAAAAAUACAUUAAAACAUCAGUCAUUAAAAACUUCCCUAAACAGAGCUGCCUUCAGGUGUCUUCUGAACGUCAGAUAGUCAUUAAUUUCUUCGACAUCUGAUGGGAGAGCGUUCCACAGGGCAGGCACCACCACCAAGAAAGCCCUCUGCCUGGUUUCCUGUAACCUCACUUUUCACAGUGGGGGAACCGCCAGAAGGCCCUUGGCACUGGACCUCAGUGUCCAGGCUGAACGAUGGGGAUGGAGACGCUCCUUCAGGUAUACUGGACCGAGGCCGUUUAGGGCUUUCAAGGUCAGCACCAACACUUUGAAUUGUGCUCGGAAACGUACUGGGAGCCAAUGUAGGUCUUUCAAGACCAGUGUUAUGUGGUCUCGGUGGCCGCUCCCAGUCACCAGUCUAGCUGCCGCAUUCUGGAUUAGUUGUUGUUUCCGGGUCACCUUCAAAGGUAGCCCCACGUAGAGCGCAUUGCAGUAGUCCAAAUAGUCAUAGUUGGAGUGCUGUGAAGAGUAGAUAACAACUUCUGUGUUAUGAAUUUGUGAGCAGUUUGUUUUGGGAGCUUGCAAUAUUGACUCACUUUUCAGCUAAAUAAGUUCUUGACGCGGCAUGAAAUUAAUACAAAAUGUAAAUCUUUGUUACUGUUAAUAUUACUACUUUCAAUGUUGGCACACAGUAGAAUGACUGUACAUUAGAAUAAAUUCCCUAGACUUUGGAUUGUUUUACCAUCCAGCUUUUCUCUUUGGUGUUGCCAGGUAGAGUAAUGGAGUAAAAAAACUGCUUAGAGCAAGCAUAGGCAAACUCGGCCCUCCAGAUGCUUUGGGACUACAACUCCCAUCAUUCCUGACCACUGGUCCUGUUAGCUAGGAAUGAUGGGAGUUGUAGUCCCAAAACAUCUGGAGGGGUGAGUUUCCCUAUGCCUGGCUUAGAGGUUUGCUUGGAUAAGAGAGCACUUUUUAAAAAUAUGAAAACAAGCAAGAAGGUAUACCUCAAAUAUUUUAUGGCUUUUCCUUGAUUCUUUUCACUGAAAAUAGUGCCUUUCUCUCUCUUUUAAGGACAGGGUGGGCACUCUUACCUGAAGGAAUGGCUGUGGUGGGCAGGACUGCUUUCAAGUGAGUAUUAAAGAGCUUCUCUAUUUGUUUUAAAAGUAUACAGGAAGCUUCACACAUUGCCAAAUGGCAGUUUUUUCUUGCAGGAAUGCACUGGUGUUUAAAGCUUAUGUGCAUAUACUUGUUUGGAAACCGUGACUGUGCACACACCAUACAUUUAAAGUAGUUUAAAAGCACACUUCCUGGAAGCUGUAGCUUAAGGAUUGUAGCUCUGUGAGUGUUAAGCUAUAGCUCCCAGGAUUCCUUGCUGGAGUGGGGGGGCGGGGUGAUGUGUUUUAAAUGUAUGGUGUUUCCUCAACCCAUGAUUUGGCCAUGGUGGUUUCCCGGAUAUUGCAGCAGACACCCUCACUUAAGAUGGGCGCUGGGUAAGAUGGCCACUAUUAUAGUUGUGUUAUUAGAGAAAUCUCUCCCUGUUGUUCCCACGGCAGAGGUCUUCCAUAAAUAACUCUGGCAGCAUUCAUGUCUCCCAGCAGCAAGGUAUUACAAUUAGGUGAUGGGAAACCUGUAACCUCUUAAUCCUCACCCCGAGGAUCUAAGUAAGGAUGAGGCACUCUUAGAACAGAACAAUAACUUCAUUUGUUUACAGACAGUGAGGUUAUAGCUUAGGGGCUACUUUUGAAAGGCACAACACUUUUGUUUCCAACAAACAUAUAUUUGCACAUAUAUCUUUGCACAUAUAUUUAAGAUCUUUCUCAACUUCAAUUGAUUGAUUGAAUUUAUAUACCACCAUACACCCAGAGGUCUCAGAAAAGAUCACAAUAUAUAAAAUCAAAAUAAAAACAAUAACCCAAUAACCCCCCCCCAAAAAAGAGCCGCAUUUUAAAAGGGUAUAGGAUGUCUUUCAGGUCAACCAAAGGCCUGGUUAAAAAGGAACAUUUUUGCCUGGCACCUAAAGGUGUAUAAUAAAGGCGCCAGGCGAACUUCCCUUGGGAGAGCAUUCCACAGACGGGGAGCCACUGCAGAGAAGGCCCCGUUCUCGUGUUGCCACCCUCCGCACCUCUCAAGGAGGAGGCACAUGAAGAAGGGCCUCAGAAGAUGAUCUCAGGGUCUAGGUAGGUUCAUAUGGAAAGAGGCGGUCCUUGAGGUAUUGCAGUACUUCAUGCUUCAAAGUUGUCACUGGACGUAUAAAUUCUUUCUAGGUUGGAACUAUUAGCACACAUUUACAACAAGGUUCUUGCAACUGUCGGGAAAUCUCAGUUGCCUUGCUAACAACAGUUUCUUUUGCAGUGGGAAUAGGGGAAGCAGCAAACUUUGCCGCCUAUGCCUUUGCACCAGCCACUUUGGUCACCCCUUUGGGUGCACUGAGUGUUCUCAUAAGGUCAGUACAAAUUUAUUUUCCUCAUAGCAACAUCCAGUACACUCUAUUAAGCACUCUGAAAUCUGUCAUUUGACUGGGCCGAAAGCAAGUUAGCAAGUUGCCAGCUCUUACACUCUUGUUUUAUUGUGGAUAUUUCUACCACGUCCUUCAGACAAGUUCUUGGGGCGCCUUGCCCCAGAAGCAACAAAAAAUAAGAGCGGCCUCUCUGAACCAGAGCAGAAGUCUAUUUAGGCAGUCUUUCGAAAUAGAAAAGAGAAUGGUUAUAAGUGUACAGCUAACAUACUAAAAGCAGCAUGAUGAAAAUAUUAAAUUGUAACAAUUUUUUAAAAAGGCUUUUGCCUAGCAUAAAAACUACAUUGGCAAGUGCCAGGCGACUCCAAUGGUUUAAUUGGUCCACAGGUGUCCAUCUGGGGAAGGCCUAAGUGGUGGCAGUGGUUUUACAGUCUGAAUCUGAUACAGAGCAGCUUCCUUUUUAAAUUUCAUACGUAAAAUACACAAUAUUUCUUCUGAGAAGAGCAUAUUGCCAACUGCUUAAAAAUCAGCUGAAACAAAUGGAAAUAACCUCAUGUUUUCUGCAGAACCAAGUGCCUUUCUUCGUAAUGUGAUAUUUUACCACAUAUGGCAUUAAAUUCCACAUUAAGCCCAGUGGCAUCAAGCUUUUGAUUUCACUAGGUGAUAUUUGAAAUGCUGUGCUUCGGAAACAGUGAGUCGAUGAACAAUUUAUGGUGCUUAUCAAGCUGAGACGAUGACUUGUCUUUUAGGAGAGCUAGUGUACACCUGCACCUGUCUAACACUUUCUGUGUUGUGGAAUAGGUGCAUGUGAUGCAGGCAUGAAAAGACACAUCCUUUGUAUAGUCUCCCCCCUUUCUUUAAACGGAAAGGAACAUAGAUUGAAGGGAUUCAUAAAUAUAAAGCAGAGCCCAUUCUUAUGGGUCAGGGAAAGUGGGGGAAAAGAUAAGUCUUUAUAAGACAUUGGGUGCAGCUGAUGGUUGCUUGCUCAUAUAUGGCAGAGGGAAUGGCAUUCCACAGAAUCGGCAAGAGCAGUAAAUUUUCAGGUCACUGCCCUGCAAUAUUCUUUAGGGUGUGGUGCCACAGAUAUGUACACGAACUAGCCUUGUCUUCCUUUGCAAAUAUGCAUUGUAUUUUCCUUUGUUCUUUUUCAUUGUGGUUGAACUUCAGUUUUUCGAUGUGUCAUAUUUAUAGUUUCGACCUUCUAGAUAUUGUUACAUGCUAUAUUUAAGGUGGUGUUCUUUUCGUUUAAAUCCAAAUAGCGCCAUAUUAUCUUCCUAUUUUUUGAAUGAAGAGCUCAAUAUUCAUGGGAAGCUGGGCUGUGUAUUGAGCAUUUUGGGGUCCACUGUGAUGGUGAUUCAUGCACCUGAAGAGGAACAGGUUACAUCAUUGGAUGAAAUGGAGAUAAAGCUAAAAGACCCAGGUAUGUCAUUUAGAUGAUUGGCUUGGGACAAGUAAAUGCAAAGCUUACCUUGUUGGAGUUUCUGCUUUACUGCAGAACCUGCUCAUUCAUAGGGUUGAUGGGUUGUGGACUGUGCAUAUUGUACUCUACAAUGCAUAGACCCCCAUUGCCACGUUACAUCCAAUAUAGUAUGUUAGAUAGGCCUGGAUGCUAGACUGGCAACCCCACUAGGUGGAUGCAUCCUGUUUCCCCACUGCUCCCAGGCUCUUUGCAGUUGUGAUCUGUGAAUGUUCAGAUCAGACACUGGUAUCAUUUGACAUUGUCCUUUCACCCUCUCUGCUGCUAGUACCAAACAAUAAAAGCAGGGGAAAGUAAACAUUGGGUGGGACCCAUAAUCUCUUCUGCCAUGCAGACAGGUGCAGGGGUGUGUAGCUUUGCAGAGAUCAGGAAACUAAUUUUGUUAGGCAGUCAAGCUUGACAUUACUGUGUACUCUGCCUGUUUAAUUGCUUGAGCAAAUAUCCUUGCACUUUGGCUCUGAAGGAAUUGAGGGGUGGAGGCACACAGUGGCUUUCUCUUGGUUCUGAGGCAAUGUUGGACAUGCGAAGUACCCUUAUACCAAAGCAAUUUGGCCCAUUAAACCCUGUACUGUUUAUUGUGGCUCCUCCAGAGUGCUUUCCCAGCCCUCAUCAUGCCUAAGGUUCUUUUGGACCCUGAAUUGUUGGAUUCAAAGUGCAUUCCUGGCUGCUGAGCUUUCUCUUGAACUUCCCUUGGCUGAGAAACUUUGAUCCAUUGUGCAUUUGCUGUUUGCAUAGAACAGCAGAUAGGAACCUCCAGCCACUGGACCUGUGGGGCCACAUCAGCCAGACCUACCUUUGACGUCAUGUCGCAGGUAAAGACAUGGCUCUCUGCCAGAAGUGGUGUUUGCUGCCACUGCCUGUCAGCUGAUCGUUGACACUUGCAAAGCUCUAUGUCUUUGCCUGCGCGGGCAAACAAAAAUGCUUCAUCUGACUUCAUGGUGAUGAUAGGUGGGUGACUGUCCCCACCUGACAAAAUGGCCCAUAGGGGUUGGGGAGCCAGAGCAUCCAGUCUGCUGUAGAGUACUGGAAUCCAGUUGGAGCACAGGAAAAUGGCCAUCAGCUUUCUUCUUAAUGUACAAUUGUAUAGAAUGCAGAGUGGAGCCGCUUUGAGAAAGCUGGCUUCUCCUGCAAUAGCCCUGCAUGCAGAACUGAAUUUAGUUUUUUACAAAAGCAAAGCAGAGUUCCAUAGAGUCUUGGAAGGUGAAAUAUAUUUCCCUCUGAUCUAGAGCCCGAUGAGUGCAUACAACUCCCACUGCAGGAGUGUUAAGUUUGCACUCCUCUGUACACAAAAGCCCUUUCUUUGGUCUUCAGAGGAUAAUGGAGAGGUUUUUAAUGUAUACAUGGAACUACAUUUCCACACCAAAGCGGGAAGAGCUAUGCUGUCUUUAAUUUGUGAUUUUCAUGCUGGCUUGAAUCCAGAGCUAAAAUGAAUCACUCGUGGAAGAGGAGGAGGAGGAGGAAGUGAUGAAGUUCCAUCAACAUUGCUUUCCAUGUUGUUUGAAAAUGUUAUGGAGCAGAUUUUUGAGAGCUGCUGGGGGAAUAAGCAGAAAUGGCCCUCCCAACCCCCUCACCAAGAAUAGGAAUAUUGUGUGAGCUCAUGGGUAUCUGGAUCCAGCCCGCUGAAGUGACCUGAUUGUGAUUUUAUUAAUUGCUUCUUCACACACAUUACUUAUAUUCCUUUCUCUUUCUCUCAAACAGUGUUUGUUGCAUUUGCCACUAUCGUAAUUGUGAUCUCGCUGGUCCUCAUUUUUGGUGUUGCUCCAAGACUUGGCCAGAGCAAUAUACUGGUGUACAUUUCCAUUUGUUCAGUGAUUGGUGUGUUCUCAGUCUCCUCUGUCAAGGGUCUGGGCAUUGCUAUUAAAGACAUGCUUUAUCAGAAGCCCGUCUUCCGACAUCCAUUGGUUUAUAUUUUGGCAGCUGUUUUGGUGGUGUCUAUCAGUACUCAGAUUAACUACCUCAAUAAAUCACUGGAUGUGUUUCAUACAUCUCUAGUGACACCCAUUUAUUAUGUGUGCUUCACAACCAUGGUGGUGAUCUGCUCUGUCAUCCUCUUCAAGGAAUGGAAUAGCAUGGAGCUUGGCGAUAUCAUUGGGACCUUGAGUGGCUUCUUCACCAUAAUUAUAGGCAUCUUCUUCCUGCAUGCUUUUAAAAACGUCAGCACCACCUGGAGCCAGUUGACAUCUUCUGUUAAAAAGGAGCCAAUCUUGCCUCUCCAUGGUUACGAGGCUCAUCAUACUUUAUUGGAGAAUAUGGAGGCUCCAGCCUUGACAUGUGAUGAGGAUAACACUCUGUUCAGUCGAGGAAAUGAACAAAGGGGUGGCCACCACUAAGUCAUCUUUGGAAAACCUAUACCACAACACUUCUGAGUGGUACUCAGAAGGACAGAAAGUGGUUGCGAUGGUGUCCUCAAUGAUCAGAAAAGGAAACAAUGAUUUUGUGUGUGUGCACUUCCCAUCUUUGGCAGCAUACGAACUUCAGUGACAAUUGUGGUGCUCUUGGUAAAGAGAACUGAAUUGUAUACAUAACAUAUUUUCACAGAUAGCACUUUAUGGUUUCAUUGCAUUGGGGGGAAAUAGUGGUUUUCUUGGCCAAGUUGCUGCUGUGUGUAAAAAUCAUGACUUCCCCGAAUGUUGUCGCCUAAGCAUAGUGGAUGUUUAUGAUUCAGAGUUUUUCAGCAUAUGUCCAAAAGGGGUGGAAAAAGUAUCUAGUUUUCAAAAUUCUUGUAUGUUGAUGAAAGAGGUCUCUCAUAUGCCAGUUAGCAUAGCACUGAAUGAACUGGUAUAGAAGCAUAUUUUCACUUACCGACAUCUUCAAAGCUUGAAUUUGUUUGCACAUGAAGGAGGCAGUAAGAGAGAUGGGGAAUCAAUUACACAUUACUGGAGAACAGACAAGAUAACCUUUUUUAGUAGUUUCAGGAAAAACCUCAGGCUACAUUCCUACUUGAGCACUAAUUCCAUUUUUUCGUAAUAUGUAUGAUCAUUUUCUACAAAAUGUGCCAACUAAAGGUGACUAAAGAUAACGUAAGUUAUCUGAAAAUGAGUCCUUUACAUGCAGAGUAGAUGCUGUAGAUUAAAAUUUAUUUAUUUUUGUAAGGUAUGGCAUUUGUCCAUGUUAUAAUUUUUUUUUAUUACUUAAUAAAAAAUUUUUUUAAAAAAUCAGAGGAAAUACCUUAUUCGUUCACACUCUUAUUUACCCAGUGUUAACCUCCUUUUUGAAAUGAGCAAACAUUGUAUUUUAAAAUGUUUAUCAGAGAAGCAUACUUUUAUGUGCAGGGAAGUCUUUAAUGUCAUUCAGGAUUUUUUGUGUGUGUACAAAAAUUUUGACUUGAUACAUUUGAAUAAAACUUACUUUUAAGAUGUUAACUUUCUGAUAUAAAGAUUUUAAGUUUGAUACUAUGAUGUCCAAACAAGGGAGGGGAUUAUAUUGUUUCAAUAAAAUGUGUUUGUGCCCACUUCUUCUUUUUAAUGAGAGAGAGAAGUGUUUUGGGGAAUUUAUGUUGGUUCCUGUAGGAACUUUUAGCAAUGGGAUUGAUGAGCAGAGAGGUGGGAGGUCUGGUUCCAUAUGACCUGGCAUAGUUGUUUUUGAAUGAAGCAAAUAAACAGAUACGGGAAUAUUUUUCAUACAACACUAAAGUAGCCUUUCCUUGUGUACGAAAACCUGAACUGAGAAAAUUUGGAGAAGGCUUACCUUGGCAAUUCUCUUUUUCGCGAGUUAACGUG